AUGAAGAAAGUCAUGCCAUCGCCACCUGCGGCAACAUGUCUUGCUUUUCACCCUUUAGAUGACAGUAUAGUUGCUAUUUGCAUGGACAAUUCCACCAUUGUAAUAUACAAUCUCCACUCAGACGAGUUACAAGGAAGCUUGAGGGUCACGCCAAAAGACUGGGUGGGAAAAAUAGAGAAGCAAAUUGUUGCAGAUUUUAGAUGGGAAGGAGUUGAGAUCAUUGUCAGAUACUUACAUCCAAAUUCACCAGAAUGA